UCAUCACCAAUGCCAUAAAUUCUCCACUCUUAGCAUCAGCAGAGCUGCUCGGGACGUGCUAAAAGGCCUGAGUGGGGUAUAUAAGGAGGCAACAGGAAGUCAGUCCAUAAGCAGCAUUUUGUCUCAGAGGUUCAAGGAAGCGGUUCAAACAAAGCCACACUUUCUUCAUGGAGGUCACAAGCACCAAGUCUACAGUCAUGAAGGAUGAGACCAAGAUGUGCCACGAUGCCCCCUCACACCCUCCCGGCUACGGCUGGCAGCCCAGUCUGCUCUACAACCAGCACUUUGGCCUUCCUCCCUUCCUGGACUUCAGAGAUCUGAGCUGGAUGGAGAGCGUUUUUAGGAAGCUACGAACCUCCUCCUGGUCCGGAUACACCCAAGCAUCUGAAAUUGCCCCGAAGUUCCACAGAGAGCUUGGCGGAGGCGUUUCCGAGGUGUUGGCCCAGCAGAGCAGAUGGACCGUGAGUCUGGAUGUGAAUCAUUUUGCACCGUCAGAGAUUACCGUGAGAACGCAGAGUGGCUUCCUGGAAAUUGAAGGAAAACACCAUGAGAGACAAGACGAGCAUGGUUACGUUUCCAGGUCUUUCCUUAGGAAGUACAAGCUUCCUGCUGGAAUCGAAGCGGAGAGUAUACGCUCCUUCGUGACAGGAGAUGGCGUUCUAACCGUCGAAGCCACGUUGCCCAACAUUGUACCACCGGCUGAUGUUACAAUCCCGGUCCAGGCAGAGAUUAAGGCAGCACUUCUGGAAGUCCAAAAGCAAGAUGGUUUCCAGCCUGGAGUGCCUGAGGUAGCAGACGCAGUUGUUCCUCCUCCUGCGGAAAAGCCCGAGGGCGACAGCGAAGGCGCUGAUGAGAGGAUUCAUCACACAGAUGGCCAACCUGAUGCACCAGAAAGUGUGGAGGAAGGAGAGAAAUCCAUCACAAGCCUUAUAGAUGGUGAAAUGAAGGAGGAAGACAGUGUUGAAAGAGUUGAUUCAGCUGGAGCCAAAGAUGAGGUCCUGGAUUCAAAACCUGAGGCGCCUGAAGCUGAAGCUCCGGAAUCUCUUGAAGACACAGUGAUAUCUGAGAAGGAAUCAGAGAUCCAGGAAAAGGAAGAGGACAAAGAGAUCCAGGAAGCGAAGGUGGAAGGAGAUCUGCCGAGUGCUGAGGGGGAGGAAGAAUCUCCCAUCUCAGGUAGAACUCAGGAGGAGAUCCCUGCUAAGGACACAAAGGCUGUAGAGCAAACGGAGCAAAUCAAAUAGAUGAAGAUGACUGCUUGGGGAGAUCGAUAAAAUCCGCUGCUCAUCCUUAAUUCAGCCGAUUCGUCACUUUAGCGAGCGUUAAUCAGCGUUAUCUGACAGGCAUUUACAUGGCUGUAAGAUGUAACUUUGAAGCUCUAAUAAAAACCAGCACCUAAA